AUAUUGAUCGGAAAACGUAAUGUGAUCUGGCAACAUAAUCAGUGAGCCUCCAUCUUUUUUGUCACGAUGCCUCCUAAGAAGCAACCCGAGAAAUCCGGGUCCUCCGGAUCCAAGCCUGCGGAGAAGAAACCCGCAACUGCUAAGACUCCUGCGGCUGCACCUAAAGCUGCGGCAGCUCCUAGCACUGCAGCACCUAAGCCGGCGUCAGCUAAGACUCCAGCUCCCGCCCCCAAGGCGGCCGCUCCCAAAGCAGCCCCAGCGGCCAAACCCGCCGCUGCCAAGCCAGCAUCUGCACCUGCAGCCAAGCCUGCCGCGUCUGCCGCUAAGCCCGCUGAAAAGAAACCAGCCUCGGCUCAGCCUUCUGCCAAGCCUGGUUCCGCCAAGGCUGCUGCUUUGAAAGCUAAGUCUAGUGCGAAGCCUUCAGUGAAGAAAGCUGCGGCUGCUGCCAAGCCUAAGCCCAAGCCAGCAGCGGCUAAGUUAAAGAUUGCUCCCAAGCCCAAGAAGACCGGCAUUAAAGGACAGAAGAAACAGGUUGUAAAACCUGUUGCUAAGGCUCUUAAAGCGCAAAGGAAGGUUGUCAAGGGUGAACAUGGCAAGCGUGUGCGCAAGAUCCGCACGUCAGUGCACUUCCGUAGGCCCAAGACCUUUGAACCUCCGAGGCACCCUAAGUACCCCAGGAAAUCUCUGCCCAAGAGGAAUCGUAUGGAUGCUUACAAUAUCAUAAAGUAUCCUCUGACAUCUGAAGCGGCUAUGAAGAAAAUUGAAGACAACAAUACUUUGGUAUUCAUUGUACACACAAGCUCAAACAAGCACCACAUCAAGGCUGCAGUUAAAAAGCUAUAUGACAUCAAUGUUGCUAAAGUUAACACCCUUAUCAGGCCUGACGGUAAGAAGAAGGCGUACGUACGGCUCGCAAGGGAUCAUGACGCAUUAGAUGUUGCCAACAAAAUCGGCAUCAUAUAAACUAAUGCUGCACUGUAUUUUAUAAGAAUAAAAACCUAAAAUACAGA